AUGCAAGACAUCGUCGCAUCUUUUUCAGACAUUCUGCGAUACGGGGCUCAGGCUGUGGGAGCUUCCGUGGUGGCACGCGCUGCCGCGCCGAGUUGCGGGGCCUGCGCGCCGCAGCUCACCUGCCCCGCCAUCCCCGCCUGUGUCUGCGCGGGCGCUGGCGGCCAGGUGCCCGAGCCCUCGUGCGGGGGGCUCAUCGCGGCCUACGCGGCGGCCGCGCUGACCGUCGGCCUGGCCGUCGGUGCCGCAGGAGGCGCGCUGCUUGCUCGCAGGGCGGAGAGCAGCCCCGCCGCCGAGGCGCCUGCUGCCAGCUUCGAGGAAACGGCCCGCGCCCAGGCGAGGGCCAUGGCUCACCAGUUGCAUUGGGCGCUCGUCAGAUAUCGAGUGCCUGGCGCGCACGUGUGGCAUGAGCGGCUCAUUGUGUGGCGCGGGCCUGGGACGACAGUAUACGUCAUCACGCCUGACGGUGAUCGAUAUGAAGAGAGUGGCACUCCAGAUGCCGACAUCGCGGGCAUCAUCAUGAUAGCAGGGCAGGGCGAGAGGCCAGCUGGGCUUCGCGUGUACGGCUUCAGAGCGCUGCCGUCCGACGCCGACGUGUGGGCUGGCAUCAUGGAGGCGGCCGCGCUUUUCGGAGGCGGCCGCCCCGCGUCGCCCGCCAACAUGCCCUUGGCCGCUGGCAACGUGGGCGGCCUCGCGGUGGGCAAUCACGACGUGGUUGCUGACCCUGCGCCGCAGCCCGCGGCGGUGCCUGGCGCACCUGGCGGGCCUGCCGCGGGGGCCCCUGCAGGGGCGCCGGCGGCCGCUGGAGGCGCAGGCGCUGCGGCAGCAGCGCCGGGAGGGGGCGUCGCGAUGCCUGGCCUGGUGGCUGCCCUGGCGGGCGCGGGCGCCGCGCCCGCCGCCGCGCCUGGGGCCCCUGCACUGCCGGCCCCGCCCGCCGCCGCGGCCGCGGCCGCGCCGCCGGCCGCUGCGGCGCCGGGCGCGGUGCCCGCCGCGGCUGCGGCUGGGGGCGCGCUCGCGGUGCCAGCGGCGGCCCCGCCUGCGGCGGCUGCUGCCCCAGCCGACCUGCGCGUCAACGCCGUGAGCAUCGACGUCCGCGGCGACCGCUGGAGGGACUUCCGUGAGGGAACGAUGCUCCACUCAUCGACGAACUGGAGGGAUUGGCCUGUGCGUGGUCCGAGGACUGCCGCCUGGGUGUGUGCCCACAUCCAGCGACAGGCGGGGACCCCGACAGCUUGGCACACCAAGUGGAUGUCGGAGUGGCGUAUGUCGGAGGACGACCCGAUCACGCGCGAGCACGCCCUCCUUUGCCGCAUCCUGGAGCUGGCGGUGUGCUAUGACCAGGUCAACGUGGGUGAGCUCUCGCAUCUGGAGAUGACUGCACGUCGCCUCCAACUCCUGGAAGAGAAGGUGGUUGAGCAGACGUUCAAGCCGAAGGGUAACGACAAGAAGGACAAGGACAAGAGCAACGUGCUGGACGAUCGCGUCGAGAACAACCUGUUCCUCGGCGCGCAGGAGAGCCGCGGCAACGUUUGCGUGUGCCCUCUCCUCAGCACGUGGAUUGCAGACGAGUUGAAAGCCGAGGCUGCGGUGGCUAAAGAACGCAGGAAGGCCCGCGAGGAGCGGGCUGGCAGGCCCCUCAUCAGAGGCUGCUGGGACUUCCCGGGCCAGGAGCUGCACAGCUUCGCGAUGGCGGUCUCGUCCGACGAGCGCCAGCGCAAUAUCUUUCCCCUACCUCGGCUCGCUGUCGACGCCCGUCGGGAGUUUUGUGUUUCUCGUCGUGCCCGUCAACGUUGUGAUCGUGGUGCUGCCUGGCGAGUCUGGGCCAACGAGUGCAUAGAUAGCCUCAACGACCUCAACGGCCAGCGCAGUUGUGGACGCGAGGUUUCGGCGCCCGAUGGUGCAGCUAACUUACCGCAGAGGCUGGCGCUGGAGCACAUUGCCGAUUCAUUUCAAUCGUUUUCGUGGCCUGCUGACAUGCCUGUCGACAAGGCCACCUCGGAUGCCGCCCUCGAAGAGCUGCUCCGACAUACACCUGGUUAUUGCGAAGACGAUACCGUGGUGCGACCCUACGCCAAGGACUCUGUGUCCUGGCCCGCCGCAGGUACGACCCCCACUCCUUUGGGCGAUAUCUGCAGCGAGGCCGCUUUGCAUCGGCUAGAGUCAUGGAGGACGAGUAUGCUUGUCUCCGAGUCCGAGGCAGACGCCAGGCGCAAGGAGUCUGGACUGGUCAAGCCUUACGUCGACCCUCUCCUUUUGAGCUGCCCCGACCGCUACGCCGACUUUCUUCGUCGACUGGAUGCGGCUGGGAUGCUGCGCUUUCGUCCUCGACGGCAACGGGAGCAGCCUUCAGUGGGCGUGUUCUUCGUCAUCAAAAAGGACGGGAGCCUGAGAAUGGUGUUCGACACUCGCAUUGCUAACCUUUCAUUCGUGGAGCCUGCUGGGACCAAGUUACCUACUUCAGCGUCCUGGGCAGGCAUGGAGAUCAGCCCCGAGGUCAGCGGCUAUAUGGCGGCAGCGGACAUCCAGUGCGCCUUUUACCACAUGCAGCUGCCUUCGGAGCUGGCCCGCGCUUUCACCCUUCCGUGCGUCACGAAUCGGGUUCUGCGUUUGGACGGCAUGGGGCUGGACAUCGACGUGGUGCCUGAGAUUUUGGUGAUGCCCAUGGGCUGGAACUGGGCCUUGCAUUUCUGCCAGGAUGCUCUGACCAACAUCAUCGUUCGAGACGCGGCCGUGGAGGGCCAUCGCUUCAUCGUCGACGGGGCCCCGCCGACCGUGCUGCAGCGCACUGACGACUGGGCCGUGGCUGCCUAUGUCGACAACUUCUGCGUGGUCGCGGGCUCGCGUGAGCUAGCUGACCGCGUGCUGCAGCGCAUCUCAGAGGCUGUGUCUCGUCAUCACUUGCCCGUGCACGAGGUCCAGGGUGCUCGUACAUCCAUGAUCUUCACAGGCCUGGAGUUCGACGGCAUCAAGGGGACCAUGAGGCCGACUAAGAUCUGGGACGGGGUCCUCAGGGAGCUUCAGUGGGUCCAAUCUACAUUGCCUCUGUGGGCCACGUCUUGGCGGUUGCCGUGGGCGCCCGAUGUCACCGCGUCUGACUCGUCGGGGCAUGGCAUUGGGGUCUGUCGGCGCACGCUGCCCGUCCCCGUCGUCGCCGAGAUCGGUCGUCUCGCCGAGAAGGUUCACCCGAGGUCCCCAGUUCUGCUGUCCAGCGCCCUUCUGGUCACGUUCUUGGAGACGCUCACGAGGCUUCAUCAAAACGCCCUGGACGUCGGGGCGGGGCUCCCUGGCUUCACGGAGGUCCCCGUGGAGAUCCUGAGGGAGACCGACUGGAAGGUGGUUCACUCGAGCAGGGUCCACGCGAAGGGGAAGAACAUUUUGGAGUCUGAGGGGGACGCUCUGGAGUUCGCCCUCCGCCACCUCCUGCGUUCGGGGCCCUUGCAGGGGCACCGCCUCCUCCUCCUCUUCGUUGACAAUUUGGCUCUGGCUCUCAGUGCCGGCAAGGGCCGCGGUCGGACGGCAAAUUUGACCAGGCCUCUUCGCCGCAUCACCUCUCUGCUGCUCGCCACGGGCUGCAGGGCGUACGUGCGCUGGGUGCCGUCGGAGUUCAACCCGUCAGAUGCCCCGUCGAGGCGCCCUCCCCGCGCCAUGACGCUGGCGCGCCAGAGGCUCGCCCCGCAGGCGUCCCUGACGGAGCUGAAGUGCGGCCGCCUGAGCUUCCUGGAGGCGGCGGCGCUCACCGACGCCACCGCCAAGAGCUACUCGGCGCACGCCCAGAGGCUGGUCACCUGGUGCCUGUGGAUGGGCCUGUCCUGGACUACGUCGUCGGAGCUCGACGUGAUCUUGACGGCCUUCCUGGCGCACCUGGCCUUAGACGGCUUCGACACGGCGACGGGGCGGAUAACGCUGUCGGCGUUGCGACACCUGCUGCCAGCGUUGGGCCCCCCCCGCGCCGCGCUGCCGAGGGCGUGCAGGGCGCUGGACGGCUGGAAGAAGCUGAAGCCGCCCUGCAUGCGGCUGCCGAUCCCUCGGCCUGCCGUGAUGGCGAUCGUGGGCGCGAUGAUCUCGCUCGGCCAGCUGCCCUUCGCGAUGUUCGUGCUUCUCUCCUUCGCGGCGUACCUCCGCCCCUCGGAGGCCUUUCGCCUUCGAGGCGAUUCGUUGGUGGCGCCGAACCCGCUGGCAGGCAAGGGCUACGGCGAGUGGGGGUUGGUGCUCAACCCGAGCGAGGACGGGCGGCCUGGGAAGACAGGGAUCACCGACGAGAGCGUGGCCCUGGAUCAGACGGACUGGUGGCCGCUCUGGGCGGCCCUCAAGCUCGCCCGUCCUGGCGGCACGGCGCUGUGGGACUUCGACGUCGCGGAGGUCCGCGACGCCUUCAACCAGGCGGCCGAGCUGCUGGGGCUGGAGGCGCAGCCCUCUCUGUACGUGCUGCGCCACAGCGCGGCCAGCGACGACUUGCUGGCCGCGCGGCGUUCCCUUCCCGAGGUGAAGGACCGCGGGAGGUGGAUCACAGACUCCUCACUGCGCCGCUACGCGAAGAGGACCAAGCUCCAGCAGCAGAUCAACAACCUGCCCGACAACGUGAUGGAGUUCGGCCAGCGCGUGGACGCGCACCUCGUCAUGCUGAUCGAGGCGGCAGCGCUGGGGUCGCCUUUCCCGUGGCCGGUGCCCGCGAGGCGGGCCGUCUCGUCUCGUGGCCAGGUGAAACCAUCACUGACGAGCAGGUGGACGGCUAUCUGA